AUGUCAAACGUAUUACAAUUAGCUAACGUCAACGCACCAUUCAAUCAAAAUGUCACCACCGUUUGGUUAUUAGCAACAACAAAUCUAGCUUCUUCUUCAAAAUCAUUAACUAAGGGGAUUAGUAGUUCUAACAAUACCGCCCGGGGUAAUGGACCAAUUAAAAAAAAGGAUAUAUUCAAUGUAUGUAUCCCACAAACAUGUCAAACUAUUCAACAAAAUGAAAACCAACUAUCAUUACGUCAUGUUUCAAAUCUUCUGUAUGGUGUCACAAUCUGCUAUAAUAAAAAGAUUGAAUUUAUUUUAAAUGAUUUAGAAAAUGUAUUGAUUCAAUUAAGGAGACGUAACUUGAUGUUAUUCUCAAAGACUCAGAACCAAAGGCAACAACAGGAAGGAAAUAACGAUGGGGACACAGGGAGUGGUAAAAAGAAGACAAAUUUGGUUACUAUUAGGGGAAAUGAUUCAAAUGUUUUUUAUAAAAAUGAUGCUAUGUUUGAUAUUGAAGAUAUUAGAGUUUUCAAUUUAGAUACUACUGAAAAUAAUGGUUUAAAAGCCUUCCAUAAUAAUGACACAUCUAGUGGGUUGAUUAAGAGAUUUGAUUACCUGACUGAAUUGACAAAUAAUAACAUCGUGAAUAUUGAUCAAAAUAACGACUUUGCUGAGGAUGAUGUUAAUAUUGAUGACGACCAAAUGAUCUUUAAUUCAAACAUUGAUUUUGAAUUAGACAUUGAUGAUGAGCAUAGUAAAUUAUCGUCCAAUUACCAUCAUAUUAAUACUGGGCAUAAUGAUGAUGACUUCAGGUACAACAUAGAUAGCCAACAACCAAAUUUGGAAUUGAAUUUUGAUAUUAAUGAAAAGGAGAAAGAGAAAGAGAAAAAGCAAGAGGAAGAGAAAAGCCAGGACCAGUUAAGCCAUAAUAACCUUUCUGAGUUUAAUGAGCUACAUCAAGGAAAUAACGAAAAUGAACAAGAAGAGGAAGCUGAUCUGGCUGACGAAUCUAUAUCAUCACAUGAUUCUAAUGAGCCACCUUUAAAAAAGUUCAAAUCUGCAAUGCCAUCUGGCCUUAAUAGUAAUCAAACCAAGCACGUUUUCACCACUAUUGGACUCGAUGAACGAAUCGGUUUAUUAACUGAAACUUUAAGACAUAACAAUGAAAAUUAUUUAGAGCUAAUGGAGGAUACUUUAGGACUAUCAAGGGGAAAUAAUAUUACUGCUUAUAAAAAUAACCAGAGAGAGGAUGAGGAAAACAAAAUAAGAAACUACUUUAUGAAUGAUAGUAAUUUGAGUAAAUACUGGAAGCAAACUUUUUGGAAUAAUGGAAACAAUACUUUAUCUUCUUUUUUAUUCGAUUCUACCAAAUCAGAAUAUUCUCAUGCAAGUUCGAUUGAACGUGGUAGGAAAAGAUUAUCAUCAUUAUCAUCCAAUUCGAGAUCAAAUAGUAAUCAAAGUGAAGAAUACGGUAGGAGAAUGAAUCUAAAUUCAAAAUCAGUUGUGAAUGGGUUAUUUGGCAAUGAUCUUGAAGACGAUAAUAAUAAUUUAUUAUUAAAUUUAGAACAAAUUAAUGAAGAUUUGGAAGACGAGCAUGAGAUGACCCAUUUCCAAUUUGGUACUAAUGCAUCCAAUAUGGGGAACCAUGAUUUAAUGCAGAUUGAUUUAAACUUACCACCAUCAAGCUUUGGUCGUAACCUUAGUCGGUCUGUAACAUCUCUUACAGGAGGACAUGGGUUAUCCAGUCAUCAACAAGAUGUUGUGGAUGUUUUACAAAAUAGGUUUGUUAGUGGUAAUAAUGUGGGUUAUAAUUAUGAGAGGUCUAGUUUUGCAACGGGUUCCAGUUCACAAACUCAAUCAUAUAAUACUGAUUCUAAUACGGCAAACACACGCCAAACAAUGACGUUAGAUAUUCAAGCAAGAAGGUUCUAUGAAUAUAUCAAAGAAAGAGCAGAAUUUAUUGGGACAACGACACAUUCCACACCUUCCUUUAAAAAGAAAUUGUUAUUUGAAGAUAUAGUUCCAAGUAAAUUAAGUGCAAGCGAUGAACAAAACCCUGGAAACUUGGUAGAUAGAUGUGUUGCAGCAGGUGCAUUUUUCUCAUUGUUAAAUCUAGCUUCGGGUGCGGUAAUCCAUUUAGAAGAAUACAAUCCGGAGAAGAAAGAUUUAUCUUCAAAAAUACUACAACCAGAUGAACUAAUCAUCAAAGUCUAG